ACACACAGAUAUAACCACUAGCUUCAGUCGCCGCGCCGCAUUCAACCGCGCAGCGCGUCCGCCGAUUAAACCAAUUACUUACACAAAACAAAGAAGUGAAAAUGGCUCUAUUUCGCGCAACAUGUGUUGCGCUAUUGUGUGCGCUCGCCGCAGCCGAGCUGCCUCACCCGCUUUCCGAUGAAUUUAUAAAUCUCAUCAACACCAAACAGACUACAUGGAAAGCCGGCAGAAAUUUCCCGGUGGAUACCAACUUCAACCACAUCAAGAAACUCAUGGGAGCACUGAAGGACGACUUUCUUGUGAAACUGACGGACAAACGACACGACGCCGAUGUCAUAGCAAAUCUGCCGGAGAAUUUUGACCCGAGAGAUAAGUGGCCGAACUGUCCCACUUUAAACGAGAUUAGAGAUCAGGGGUCCUGUGGGAGCUGCUGGGCGUUCGGUGCCGUCGAGGCAAUGACGGAUCGUGUUUGUACAUACUCCAAUGGAACCCAACACUUCCACUUUUCCGCUGAAGAUUUAUUGAGCUGCUGUCCUAUUUGCGGUCUGGGCUGCAACGGGGGCAUCCCGACUCUUGCCUGGGAAUACUGGAAACAUUUCGGUCUCGUGUCUGGUGGAUCAUACAACUCUAGUCAAGGUUGCAGACCCUACGAGAUUCCACCCUGCGAGCACCACGUUCCCGGCAACAGAAUACCUUGCUCCGGCGACACUAAAACGCCUAAAUGCCUUAAAACUUGCGAGAAGGGUUACAACGUGAAUUACAAGAAGGACAAGCACUAUGGUAAACACAUGUACUCAGUGCGAGGAGGCGAGGAUCAUAUCAAAGCCGAGCUGUACCUUAACGGGCCUGUUGAGGGGGCGUUUACUGUGUAUGCUGACCUGCUGUUGUACAAGAGCGGUGUGUACCAACACACGCAAGGAGACGCCCUCGGCGGCCACGCCAUUAAGAUCAUGGGUUGGGGCGUGGAGAAGGGUACCAAGUACUGGCUGAUCGCCAACUCGUGGAACUCCGACUGGGGUGACAACGGGUACUUCAAGAUCCUCCGAGGCGAGGACCACUGCGGCAUCGAGAGCUCUAUAGUGGCCGGUGAACCCACGUUAUAAACACCAGCAAAAUUAGUAAUGUAGCAUUACGAACUCUUAUAAAUAUUUUUAUUAUUUUAUGCCUUAAGUACUGUGUAAUUUUCUUGCCAAAAACUAGUGAGUAGUUAAGUAAUUUCAUGACAAACAAAGGAUCUUUAUGUAACGAAAACAUUUUUACAAUGAUUCAAUAAAAGGCUUUUAUACUAGAAUAUACAUAUAAUAUAAUAUCAGUUAUUUA